AUGCUGCGCAGAGUCGAUGGAGAAAACCGCAUCCAGACUCUGAAAGAGGAGCUGGAGUUUCAGAAGAACAUCCUGUCAGAGGAGCUGCGGGAGACGAAGCGGCGUCACGAGUCCCGGAUGGUGGAGGUGGACUCCGGACAGCAGCAGGACUUCGAGAGUAAACUGAGCGAGGCUUUGGCCGAGAUGCGGAGUCAGCACGACCUCCAGAUCAAACUGUACAAGGAGGAGGUGGAGAAGACCUACAACGCCAAGCUGGAGAAUGCCCGUCAGUCGGCCGACAGGAGCAGUCAUCUGGUCGGAGCCACUCAUGAAGAACUGCAGCAGACCAGAGUCAGACUCGAGUCCUGCUCGGCUCAGCUCAGCCAGCUCCAGAAGCAGCUGGCAGCUCGAGAGGCAAAGAUUCGGGAGCUGGAGGAGAGUCUGUCCCGGGAGCGUGACAGCAGCAGGCGUCUGCUCGGGGAGAAGGACCGAGAGAUGAGCGAGAUGAGAGCCAGGAUGCAGCAGCAGCUCGACGAGUACCAGGAGCUGCUGGACGUCAAACUGGCUCUGGACAUGGAGAUCUCUGCCUACAGGAAGCUGCUGGAGGGAGAGGAGGAGAGGCUGCGUCUGUCUCCCAGUCCUCCCCCCGCGGUGCGAGUGUCCGGCAGUCGCACGUCCUCCGCUCACUCACGCUCGCUGCAGAGCUCUGGGGUGAAGCGUCGCCGCGGCAACGACACGGACAGCGAGGCCAGCUUCAGCGGCGCCGUGUCCCGCACUAGGGUCACGCAGCAGGCCUCCGCCAGCGGCCGCGUCACCGUGGACGAGGUCGACCCCGAGGGGAAGUACGUGAGGCUCAGCAACAAGGCAGACGAGGAUCAGAACCUGGGGAACUGGCAGCUGAAGCGUCAGGUCGGGAACGGAGCCUCCAUCACCUUCAAGUUUCCUGCAAAGUUCACCCUGAAGGCCGGACAGAGAGUCACGAUCUGGGCGUCUGGAGCCGGCGUGGCCCAUAACCCUCCCUCAGACCUGGUGUGGAAGAACCAGUCCAUCUGGGGGACCGGGGACAUGUUCCAGACCACUCUGAUCAGCGCCAGCGGAGAGGAAAUGGCCAUGAGGAAAGUGACGCGCACCACGAUCGAGGAGGACGAGGACGACAUGCAGGUGGCCCACAGCACCUGCAGCGAUGGCGAGUAUAACCUCCGCAGUCGGACGGUGGUGUGUGGCUCGUGUGGCCUUCCUUCCGACAAACCCGGCUCCUGCAGCGUCUCCUCGGCCUCUCGCUCCUUCAGGUCCGGGGGCCUCUCUGAGGCUCUGCUGCCCCAGUCCUACAUGGUCAGCACCAGCAGCCCCCGCAAGAACAAACUGGAAACUUGCCCGAUCAUGUGA